UGACAAAUGUCAUCUUCAUAUAAAUAUAACCUCAAAAAGCAAUGAUAUAAUCCAAAUUAAAAACAAAAUAUGACUGGAGGAUUUAUUAUUCGUUGUAUAAUUCGUAAUGUUCCACAUAAAACUUCAUUUACAUCUAUAUCCUUAACUAAUUACAAAUUCGCCAGUGCUUUUAGCGAUUUCCGUAAUUAUUCCACGAAACAAAAACCUAAAACAUUAGAAAAGAAACACUGUAAUAUAGGUACUAUAGGUCAUGUAGAUCACGGGAAAACUACACUAACAGCUGCUAUCACAAAAGUUUUGUCCAAAGAUGGUACUUCAAAAUACGUUUCUUACGACGAAAUUGAUAAGGCGCCGGAAGAAAAGGCAAGAGGUAUUACAAUAAAUGCAGCUCAUGUUGGUUAUAACACAAAAAACAGACAUUAUGCUCACACAGAUUGUCCGGGUCACGCUGAUUAUAUCCGCAACAUGAUCUCUGGUGCUUCUCAAAUGGAUGCUGCAAUAUUGGUAGUAGCUGCUAAUGAUGGACCAAUGCCUCAAACAAGAGAACAUUUGCUACUAGCUAAACAAGUUGGAAUAAAAUAUAUAAUAGUGUAUAUAAAUAAAGUGGACUUAGUUGAAUCAGAUAUUAUUGAACUGGUGGAAAUUGAAAUGAGAGAAAUGUUAUCAGACUUCGGCUACAAUGGAAGUACUGUGCCUUUGAUUUUUGGAUCUGCUUUAAAAGCAUUGAAUGAUGAUGAAUCAGACAUAGGUGCGCCCUCAAUAAGGCAACUUCUAGAUACCAUAGACGAUUACGUGCCGCCAAUAAUAAGGGAUCUCGAGUCGCCAUUUUUAAUGCCCAUAGACAAUGCAUUCACAGUACCCGGUAGAGGUACUGUAGUGGUCGGUACUAUUAAACGCGGUAUUAUGAAGAAAAACGACGAAGCUGAAUUAAUGGGCUUUGGAUUUAAUAUAAAAACUACAUUGUCUGAUAUUCAGAUUUUUAGAUCGAGCGUUCUUGAGGCUUUGGCGGGUGACAAUGUCGGAGUUUUACUCCGUGGUAUGAAAAUACGUUCAGUCGAAACGGGUAUGCUACUCUGUGCGGCGAAAAGCAUAAAACUAAGCAACCAUUACAAGGCGAAGAUAUAUUUCUUGUCGAGAAGCGAAGGCGGCAGAAAGAAACCGAUAUUUUCAAAGUAUUCCCAGCAAAUGUUCAGUGGUACUUGGAAUAUUGCUUGCAGGAUCGAUUUAGAACCUACCAUGGAAAUGAUGAUGCCAGGUGAUCACGGCGAGGUGUAUCUGACCCUUCUCGAAGGCAUGGUCAUGACAGAAGGUCAGCCAUUCACAAUACGAGAGAACAACGUGACUGUUGCAACCGGAAUCGUCACUGAAGCAUUGUCCUCUAUCGAUGUACCAAACGGAAAAUUAGGAAAAGUUGUAUUUAAACAUGAUUUGUAAAAAUAUAAAUAUAUGUAGAUAAUAAAUUAUUUAGUUUUAC